AUGUCAUAUGUGUAUUACAAAGUGAUCAGGAAAUAAUGGUUUAAAAAACUAUCUUAGAGAUGAUCUCCAGCAGUUCCUGAGCGUCCUUGAAUGCAGCAGCAGCAGCAGCAGCACGGUGUCCGGCGCUGAGACUGAUGAAUGGCCGAAGCUCCGCCCCCUGCAGCUCCUGAACGGCGGCACCUCACAGAAACCUGCCAGGUACAUCCAGAAUACCUCAGCACCGACACCUCUGCACCGCUCCUCAGGUAAGAAACCACUUUUAUUACUCUUCUGAUCCGAGUUACAACCUGGAUGUUUGCAUGUCUAAUUGAGAAGAGUAAAAAUAGAUUGUUUUUGAUUUGUAAUUUUUAUCUGCCCUCACUUUGCAAGUUAAAAGAGAUGUUAAAAGAUAGUCCAAAAGUAGCACACUGUUUGUAUUCCUAUGGGUCCUGCACCGGUAUCGUCUCUGUUUGUGGUUAAAGCUUUGAGUUCACUGUAUUUUGCAAAAAGGGACUUAAAAACAGUAAGCCUACUUUAGUAACUUUGCUGAUAAAUUUAGAACUUUAAAACUCAAAAUUUUACACAUUCACCAGUAAGGUGGGACCUUACAGUAAAAUAUCUCUUGCUUUUGCUGACAACCUUUUGAGCUUUUAAGUCAAUUAUCGCCACUGGGCAGAAAUAAAAGUUGAAAUUUAAAGUUUGCACUUGAUUUUUUUAAUUUGCAAUGUAAAAAUGGAAAGCACAGAUAAUACAGAAAAUUAGUCUGCACAGAGUGUCUGUAAAAUAUCCCACUGUUGCUUUACUGUGUGGAACAAUUGUGACCUAAAGUAAGGGGCUAAGAAGAUUUGUGAUUGACUCUUGAGUGGUUUCUUUGGCCUUUAUUGUCCUAAUGGGUUGGAUUAAUGUUAUAAAACUUGUAGAGGUAACUUUACAAUAUAUUCUUUUAAAUAUUUACUGAUGCAAAAUUCAUACAAGUAACAGAAAUGUGACAAUGAUUUCGCCUAAUGCUUGUACAUUUAUGUAAUAUUUUCAGAAACCAGAGUUCACUGGCCUCCUUUGUUCCCAAAUUAGAAAACGACCCAGUUUUGUGUCCUGUUAGAGAAUCACCUGCUAAUCUGUUCCCACUGCAGACACAAGGAACGACUACAGGAGGCCUAAAAGAUUAACUAACCAUGGCUAUUUAGCCCUCUAAUCCUUUGCCUUUCUAAGGCUUGUGUAACUGAUAGGUACAAACGGGCUUUAGCCUACCAAGCGAGCGCUGACCUGAGUCCUGGACAUGCAGCACUUUAUGUAACCAGAGCACAGGGAAAGGUGGGUGACAUCUUAAAGGGUUGUGGUACAGUGAAAGGUGAGGGUCGGCAAGGGACUAAAAACUCUCCUGUUGUGUUCAUGAUCAUACUGGUCUGCAAGAUUUUAGAAACAGUGACAUCUAAAUACAAUCAGACUCAGACUGAUUGAAGAGAAGUUUUGAUGGUGAUCUUUUGCACACCCUGUAAUAAUGAUUUCAGUCCCAGGGUAAUCAUUUAAAGGAGUAGUUUGAUUCAAGUGGGCCAGGUAGUCUCGCUUGUUAAGAAACCAGCCAAGAAAUCAACACAAACGCCAAACUAUAACCUGAUGCAGAUGGGGUCAACAAACUUCAUCCCAAAAUUUAAUGUCAUUGUGAUCGUACGCUCAAGUUGGAAAUAUCCUUGUGCUUUACUUUCCUGUCAGAGUCCAUUUACUGGCAUUAAUCAUGAAUGUGGUCCUAACAUUUUUUGGGAAUUUUCCACAGUGCAUACCCAAGAACGGCUCUAGUAUCCUAGACAUGCGUUUUUUUGAAUUACAUUUUUGGGCUUUUACUGCCUUUAUUGAGAGCAGACAGAGCAGGAAAUGGGAAGAGAGAGCUGGAGUGGCUUGCAGAAAAGGAGCCACAGGCUAGAAUCAAACCUGGACUGACUUAUCCUGUUAUAGGCCUUAUAUUUGUUUUGAUCAUGUCCAGGAGGUGUUUACAUGCACAGAGAAGCCUGGUUAUUCAUAUCCCUGCUGUAUAUCUUACAGCACAAACUAUGACUCAAAUCUGAGAAAAUAGGACCAAUUUCAAAUCGGAGAAUGUUCAAUGUCAAUAUGACACCAAUGCAGAUAUGGUAUGCAGACAGCAAUUAUUUAACACUUAAUCCGGAAAGUAAGGUGCUUUCACUGAGACCACCAGGCUUGUUUCACGGAUACAUUACCACAGCUGCUUUUCAGAGACCCUCAGGGAGCAAAAUCAGUUUCUGUUGCUGGGAUAAGAUGUUUAUAUGCACAAACACAAAAUUAGGACACCUUAAAACCUAGUCAACCUACACCAGGAUUCUUGACUGUUUGUGUAGAUUUAUGCGCCCCCUCUCAUGUGUAGGACAUGGGGUGUGUUUCAGGCAGUUUAUUUCGUGUAUGUCAAUUACCUGGUCUAACACCUACCUCAACACAGUUAGGACAGGGAUCAAAGUUCACAAAAUAGAAAUUGUGAAUCUUGUCAUGGAUGGUCUUUUUUUUUCUUCUUUUGUACUUCACCAAGAGGCAUAAAUGUUCAUUCUAACCUGUUUCAUUACCAGCCAAAAAAUCCUCAUUACCAUAAUCACUUAAAAAACUUAAGCCAUGUUACAAGUCACAUAAUGACGUUAGCUGAGAUCCAAACCUAAACUGUAUGUUUGCUCAGAGCUGUGAUAAUGAUGUUUUAAAAAACACACAAACUGGUGUACCUUAAAUCUUUUGGGGAUUUCAAAACAGCUCUGGGCAGCAACUUUCUACAUUUUGGUUUUUAUAGGACCUUUAUUUUCAUCCAAAUGACAUUGGCUUGUUUUUUCUUCAGGAGUCUACGGCAACGUCAGAGCCGAGAUGGGGCGGAAAGAGAUCAUCUGCAGCUGGAAGAAAAACACAAAUAACAUCAAGGAUGUGUUUGAGUUCAAGGGGAAGAUGGGAUCGUAAGUACUGCGGUUUAAAAUCAUGUUUUCGGAUAGACUAAAGACAAGACCUGUGUUUGCUCUGUGCGUACUGGAGAUUAGUCCCUGAACCGGACUCAUUUGAUGUUUCCGAUAGAUACAGAUAUUGUAGCUUUUAGUAUCGGCUGAUACCAAUAUUGGCACAAACUUGUGCAUGACAAGUUUUGCACUCAGCUGCAAUGUCUUUUUCAGACUUAGUACACACUGUUGUUGUGAUCAAGUGGGCUCUGCUGGAUCCGGAUGCUGCAAGCUAGAGGUGCCGGAGGUCUGGAAUGGACUGCUUGUAUCGGAGUGCUGAUAUCGGAGACUUUAGAUGCAGGCCGAUAUAAUCCAAUAUUUGUUUUUUUGGCUGAUAUCGGAUCGAUAUCUGAUAUCAAUAUCGUAUCAGGACAGCCCCAGUCUGCAGCAGUAAAAUUUGUACUCAAUGUUGAGUUCAGACACCAGUGCUGGAGUUGAUAGUGUUUUCCGAGACUGAUGAGAAGAACCUGAUGAAACUGUGGGCCUGGGGUUCAUGGGGAAGAGGAUCUAAUGUAAAAACUGUGAGAAUAAACUGGAGGAAGCUUGAAUUAAAAAAGAAAGCAAUGUUGUGACAUUCAUGGAGGAGUAAAUACAGUCUGACAUUGCAAGCAAACUUCUUCUCAUUUCAUUAAUUCAUGCGCUCUUGGGUCCUCUCCAUGAUGAAGGAUGAAUGAGGAUGAGGUGAGGAUAAAUGCGCUUGAAGGAGAUGAGGUUCGAAGGCUAUGAAGGCCGUAAAAGCGCUACAGCUUCAUUUUUUCAACAUCUUAGCUCUGAUAGUGGGUAGGUUAAAACUGAUGUAGGAAAUUUGUCUUCAGACAUCCCUUAUCCAACAUUUUCCUUCUUGACUCCAGUUUGAUUCAUUCUUACAGCUUUUUGCAGCUUGUUUAGAUAACUCUUAUUUUAGGAGAGCUGGUGAUGGUUCAGUAACAUGAGGUUGGUUUUCUUUGCUCAGAGGUCUGUGAAUCCAGUGGUGAAACAGUCAGCCGCUGCUCAGAUUGGUCUGCAUGGUGAGGAUAAUCCUUUCAUGAGUUCUCUGAGAUGUUGAUUUGUCAAUGGAGCUUCUUACACCGUCUGUGUAAUCCCCUCACAGCUGAGCCCGCUAAUGAGGGACAUGACAUUGUUAACCUGUUUGAAAAGAGUAAAUAGAUCAGUCAGCUCCAACAUGUUAUAUUUAUAUUUACACUUUGUCAGAGUGAAGACAUAUCUGCAAAAUGUAAAAGCUGCAGUUUGAUAAGUGAAAAAAAACAAUGUUUUCUACUAUGAGCUUUUGUUUUUGUACUUAAAGGGACAUUCCACUAGUUUAACCUGUCAAACUGAAUUCACCAGUCUUGAAAACUGAGUAAAUGCAAAUAAUGUCUUAGACACAACAAAGAAAGGCUUAAUCUUAUUUUAGACUGAGCGACAGAAUGGAAGCAACACCUCAAGGAUUAUCACCAAUAAAGAAAGCAUCAUACCACAUGACCAAGGUGCCGCUUGAACAAAAAAAGCCAAACUUUGCAAUGUUGUAGAUAUUGACCUCAAUUGAAUAAGACUGGGGCUGCUCUUUCAAACUAUAAUUGGUACACAGAAUAAAGUAUGUACUCAAUUAUAUCAUGCUAUGGAGAUGAGAGCUGCAGUAGUUUGAUUUGUAGAGACUUGGUUUAUAACCUGAAGAGUUUCUGGUUACAGCGCUAGAGCAGGUCAAAGUAUGAACAUUUGAAUGGUUACUGGAGAUGAGCCACUUCACCUCUCCUUUAGUGCACAGGUCUGUGUGUAUAUUUCAGCCCCUGGUCAAUAACAGAGUGAAGUAUUCUGCCUCCUCCUCUAAGGAGACAUUAUCAUACAUCUUUGCAGCUGAGCAGAUGCAGUAUAUCUUGCAGUGCGUGCAUGAUUCUGGACCAGGACAGCAAUAUAAGCAUGUUGGCAUGCAAACUACAGUAUGUGACGUACAGUGUUGGGACUACAAAGGAAGCUGUAUGGGAGCUUAUGUGCUUCUUUUUUUAUAACGAGCAGUAUGUUGGAGGUACAGCCGGAGACCAACUAUCUUUUUAUCAUCACAAAACAAAAAUGAUCACCUUUGUUGGACUUCAGGGGCUCUUUAGACCUGACAUAAAGAAUUCAAGUUAAAGUGUUUUCUAUAUCUAGAAAUUGAACCACUACUCACAGCGAUGAUCUGUAACAGGUGUUCAUUCAACUACCUGAAGGUGUCGCGUUCACAGAGCCACUCUGUGGCCUGAAAGCGGCUUAAAGUUCUCAGUCGUUGACUGCCUGUGAAUGAGUCCAUGCGUGCGUGUGUGUGUGUGUGUUUGUGUGCAUGUGUGUGCCUGCAGGUUACUGAGCCGUUACGUCAGAGCAGCAGUGUGAGAACAUCCUAGCACUACUUGAUGAUAGGAUUAGGAGUCUGACUGCCUAUAUUGGUGUGUAGGUGUUCUGAAUGUAUGGGAGGUGUGGUGAUAUAAGCAGGAGCAGGUGUGUGUUUGUACAAACAUGGGGUACAAACGUGUCUGACUCUGAGUCAACACAUCUGUUCCUUUCAAUCUGUACAGUGUGAAUAGUAUUUAGAAAAGAGGCAUAUAAACAAUCUGUCAGAUUAACCCCGUCAUAAUAUCAGCUAUUUUUUUUCUUAUCUUGAACUUUUUUCCUCCAGAAACAUUAUGACUAUUUUAUCGUAUGGAGUUUAAAGGAAGAAAGAAACAAUACUAUAUAUCCAUCAAGCAACUUUUAAAUCAGAAAAUACUUGUUGCCUAAGUGUAACUUUACAUAAAACAUGAUGUUUGAUGAUUGGCGUUUUGCUCCUAUUUGGUGUCUUUAUUUUAGAGUGUAUGACAAAACACCAUUUUGAAACACCGUUCAAAUGUUGGGCUCGGUGGUGAAGUUCAGAAACACUGACCGCCUCUGCGUCUGGGCUGUGGAUCUAAAGACAGAAAUGUCAUGUUGAAUUCCAGCCAACACCAUGUCUGUCUGGGUUACAAGCUGUUACUGUAAAAAAAGCUUGUUUAUGAACUCACUGCUCUUUUAUGCUCCUAAAAUUAAAGGUCGUUGAAUAUACACAGCAAAACUUACAAUACAAAUACAAAACAAGAACUUUAUUAAUCCCCAAACAGCACUUCAUCGAAACCCUCUUCUGAUAAUGAAUCAUCAUUUGUAAGACAUCAUGCCUGCUCCUUUUAAACUUUACAACAAUAUUCAUAAGCAGUUAUGAAUGCUAAUUUUUUACAAUUUUCUUUCAGAAAUUGUAUUUAAUUUUAUUUCAAUUUUUUGUGGUUCAGUAUUUUUAGGCAGAAAGGAUAAUAGCCACAUGUACUCCAUCAAACAACUUUUGAAUCUUAAAAUUGUUAAACCGUUGUUCAGGUGUAAUUUAUCAUGAAACAACAUGUAUGAAAAUAAGCACAGUGAGUCUGUUUUUGUACCUUUAUGUUUAAGUGUGUGACAGAGCCUAAAAACGCACUGACACUCUGAUUCAAACGUUGGCCUCAUUGGUGAAUUAACCCUGACUGCCUCUUGGCUGUAGACGUAAGGACAGAGAUGUCAUGUUGAAUUCCAGCCAACGCCAUCUUGGUCUGUCUGGGUUACAAGCUGUUACUGUAAAGAAAGCCUGUUUAUACACUCACUGCUCUCUUAUGUGCCUUAAAGUGAAGGUCAUUUGAUAUCUGAAUGAUCAUACACUCAGUCAUUUAAGCUCCCAAUAUAUCUCUGAAAAUGUGUCAUUCAUAAAAUACUGCAUGUUUGAACAAACACAAAAAAUAAGAUUCCUAUUAAAUGUCUUGAUCUGCAGGAUUUUUACAAAAAGAUCAAAUUAGACAAAACCUAGAGAAAAAGUAAAUUAAAUAAAAACUUGCAAUGAAGUAGUCCUUUUCUGAUGAUUUCAGCACUCGAGUACAAUCAGUGACAUCUCUUCAUAGUGAUUUUUGAAAAUAAAUAUACUAUGUCUUAUAUGAUUUUGAAGUUUAAUAUGAAUAGCAAAAGUUUGAUAAGUAAAUAUGAACAGUUAAAAAGAAGUGCAUUUUAUGUCUGCAUGUGCCGUUGGGCCAUUGCAAUAAGAAUCCGUACGUCAUAAGUUACACAACAGAGGUGGUUUUAUGGUCUGUAAUGAAGGGGAAACAUGUAUUUACUGAUAUAGGUAGUAGACAUAGAUGAGUUAAAAACAUAUCACAUGGAAAGGAUUUUGAAAGACUAACUCUUGUGUAAACCCAAGCCAAAAAUGACGGCUGUAGAAGUCAUCUUCGGUGCUGGCAGUGGUAUUGAUUGUAUGGUUGUGGUUUUUUGGCAUUUGUGUACCAGUAUCUUCACUUUGACUGUCACUUUGAUUCACGUGUCUCUGUUUUUCGGCAGGGGGACAUUCUCAGAAGUCUACAUGGUGAGAGAAAAGACAACAGGAGAACUGUACGCCCUGAAGUGUCUGAAGAAGAAACACCUUAUUCGCAGCAAUCUGGAAAAUGAAAUCAACGUACUGAGAAGGUAAAAAACAAACACAGCUGCACCAACUCACAUUAACAGAGACGGGCUUUGUUAUUAAGAGUUUAAAGAGAGCAGUAGCACUUUGAGGAUGUUUGGAAACUGAGGAGACCAGUUAAUGGAGUUCUGAAGGUGAAAGGCUGUCCGUUCUUAACUGAUAGAGGAUUUCAGCUGACCACUUUAGCAGAAGCAGGACUCUUCUACUACAGAGCCAUGCUGUUGUAAUCCCUGCAGAAUGUGGUUUGUCAAGGUCUUCUCUAAAAAAGGCAUUGUCUGGAUGGCAGCAGAUGUUGCUCCUAAACUGUAUGUAGUGUUCAGCAUUAAUGGAGUCUUCUAUUACAGCUGCUGCCUUUUAUUGCUAAUGCUAUUUUUGGCCUUAUAUUGGUAGGACGGCUAAAGAGAGAUGGGAAAUAUGGGUAGCAGAUAGCAGUGAAACACAAAAACUUUUAUAAAUUUAAGCAUAAAUCCAGCAUGUCUUUCACCAUUUUUAAUUAAUGACAAGAUUUGUAUGAUUGUCAAACUUUUUGAAAUAAGUUUUAUCAGUUUUAUUGCAACAUCAGCCCAAGACCUUUGUCACUGUGAACUCUCUCUCCUCAUGUUUCAGGAUAAAGCAUGACCAUGUGGUGGGUCUGGAGGAUUUCUAUGAGAGCCGAACACACUAUUACUUGGUCAUGCAAUUGUAAGUGGACUCAAAUGAACAAAUCGUGUUUUUAACAGCCGUUGUUAGUCUGGCACACUUAAACUUUAUAAGUCUCUGAUCUUGUCCUGAGUGUUUGGUAACCAUAAAAAAUCAGCCACUAAUCUCCUAAUCUGAGUUUGUAAAAUUUAUUGCACAGAAUCUUCCUCUCAUCCAAUAGCAUACUCAGCUAAAUUAGGAGUAAAUGCUUAGCUGUCCUAUCUUUCACUGCCACGCAGUGUUAGCUAACAUGUUGGAUGCUGGUAUUAGCUUAGUAUUAGAUCUCAGCACUCUGUCUGUCUGGAACCAACAUUCAGCAAAUAGAGUAUAAAAUGCAAUAAUACUGCAACAUCAUGACAAAAAUCUGUGGGUGGAUAAAUUGAUAAGCAACAAAAAAAAACUAAGUUUGUAAUCCUGGAAUGAGUUUCUAUGAUGGUAAAUAAGACUAAUACUGAAUUAGAUCAGAGUCCACAUUUAAGUCUGUUCAUUCCUCUGUAUAACCAUCCUCAAGGGAAUUUCAUUUUAAACUACUUACAUGGAUUUAUGGAAGAUGGCUGUAUGGAUAAGAGAUAGAUUGAUUGAUGCAUAUAUUGAUUAAAUGAAUGGAUGAAUGAAUGGAAGCAUGAAUAGAUUGAUGGAUUGCUGGCUGGCUGGAUGCAUAUGAAAGGAUGUUUGUAUGUCUUGGAUAGAUAGAUGGAUUGAUGCAUGUAUGUAGGUACGUAUGUAUAUACAGUAUAUAUGAUAGAUAGAUGGUUAGAUGGUUGAUACAUGCAUGGAUGGUUUAAUUGAUGCAUCCAUAGAUGGAUGGAUGGAUGGUGGAUGGAUGUUUACAUGGGUAGAUAUAUGGAUGCAUAUAUGCAUAUAUGUAUGUAUGGAUGGAUGAAUAGAUGCAUCCAUAAAUAAAAGGAAACCUGCAUGCAUGGAUGCACCCAUCAAUGGGUGGAUGGAUGGAUGUAUGAACUGACUCAUGAAUGGCUCCAAGUAUUUUAUCAUGUGAUGUUCUAUAUCCAAAAAUCUAAAGCAGCUGCUUCCAUCCUCAAGUUUCAUAUCACCUUAAUGACUUUAUUGCAAGAGCUCAUAUCAUAUUUCAUUGAAUAUAAGUUCAGAUUGAUUUAAUAUGUUAGGAAAGGAACCACCUGAUCUAAAAUAACUCACUUGAACUGAAAUGUCAGGCAGUGAGAAGCAUAACUGAUUUCCUGUUGUUCAUCUGUGUGUUUGCAGGGUUUCAGGUGGGGAGCUGUUUGAUCGUAUUUUAGACAAGGGGGUUUACACUGAGAAGGAUGCCAGCAGAGUGAUCAGACAGGUGCUGGAGGCUGUCGGCUACCUGCAUGAAAACAGCAUCGUACACAGAGACCUUAAGGUAAAACACACGCACAAACACAGAAACACAAACAUGCAAACUGACACUUUACACCUCAUAUUUUACACUUUUGUUUUGAGUAACCUGGGAUGUGCUACACUUGUCAAAGAGUAGUUUAAGAUAUUUUUGGCCCUUAAUCGUCAUGUUUAAGAUGGCUUCAAAUCAUGGUUUAUCUUUAAGAGUAUUAUUCUUAAUUUUAUUUUCUUUUUGAUUAGAUUUUAUGACGACUAGUUUUGCGUGCUGUUUGUGUUUUAUGUUCCACCAAAUUGCAAUGAGCCGUGUGUCUAUUAUCAAAGGUGUUUUUUCUUCAAGGGAUGAUUAAGUAUAUGCCAUUUAGUUUAUUUCUCUCUCUGUAUCUCUGUGCAGCCUGAGAACUUGCUUUACUAUAACAUGGAUGAGAAUGCAAAGAUCAUGAUCAGUGACUUCGGUCUGUCUAAAACACUGGAGCACGGUGUGAUGUCCACGGCCUGCGGUACGCCAGGAUAUGUAGGUGGGUAAACCAGGACACCUUUAUUCUUACAGUUUUCCUGCAGUUUUUGUCUGAAUUAAUUUGUAGAUUUAGAAUCAAAAGAAUGUUUUUCUCUUUAGUAGAUCUUUUCAAUCAAAAUGUUUUUAGUUGGUGUGUUUGUAGUGGCACGUGUAAAGAUGUAAAGCCAGUGAGAUACUUGCCCAGAGAAAAACAGAGUGGGAUAGUUUGAUAUGGUAAAGUUGUGUAUAUUUUUCCAGCCCCUGAAGUUUUGGCGCAGAGACCCUACAGCAAAGCAGUGGACUGCUGGUCCAUUGGAGUCAUCACUUAUAUUCUGUGAGUACCUUCCUGAUGAACCAAGACUUUAUAAGAUGAAGCAAUUUGAGAUUCUAUAGUUAUCACAAACUGGAGUGUUGAGAUUGUUUACUUGCCCUGGAGAUGAUCUUGUACAUAUCCUAAGUUUUCGGUUUAAAAUGAUAUAAUACAUUGUAUGGUUAUUUCUAAAAUAGAUGUAUAGUUCUUUGGAAUAGGGACAAAAACACGGAAAAGCUGAUGAAGUAGCCCUGAAAUGUUUUGAUGAAGGGGAGUAACAAAGCUGAGCUGAUUAUGUUUGCUGUUCCCGUGUCACAGCCUCUGUGGGUAUCCUCCGUUUUUCGAAGACAACGAGACUCGUCUGUUCUCAAAGAUCAUGAGAGCGGAGUACGCGUUUCAUUCACCAUUCUGGGAUGAUGUCUCUGAGUCAGGUAAGAAAAUAUCAGCAAAGCAUUUCAUGUUUUCCAUUAAGGAUUUGUCUACAUUCUUCUUUUUCAAGUUAAAGUCACAUUACAACAUUGCUGCUAUAUUUUCAUGCCAAUAACUAAUUCACUGAGUACCCGCAGUCGUGUUUUUGAAACAAGGAUGCUGCCGGGGUUGAUCUAGAUCUACAUUUACAAAGACCAACAUUAAGAUGGGAUAAGAUUGAGUCCCUUUUUGUAAGAUCAGACCUGCUCUGAUCCCAUCUUAACCCACCAUGAGUGAAACACAGAGUGAAGCAUUUAUCAAGUGGCAGUGGAGAGGAAAAACUUUCCUCAACAGGCAGAGACCUCGAGCAGAAUCAGACUCCUGUUAGACAGUCAUUUGACAAAAAUAGAUUUGACAUAAUAGUAAAUAAUGUUACCUAAUUUUUAAUUUGCCUGAGGGAACCUUCCCAAAAGGAUCAAUAAAGUUUAUCUAAUCUAAUCCAAUUUAACAAUAACAAACCUAAUCCCUGGAUUUGAAAGGAUGAGGUUGGCAGGCAUCUGGACUUUCUGUAUUGUCACAGAAUCUAAAAACUUGGUUUGUUGUUUGCACUGAAAGGCUAUAAACUCGUUCCCUGAAUUGUCUGUAUUUAAGAAAUUUCUAAAUUAGAGAGCUGCAUCGGGGUUGGGAUCCUGCUAGACCCAGUGCAAAUAUGAGACAAACAAUCAUAGCGAGCUCUUGUUCGAAGUGAAAGUACACAUUACAGCAGAAACUACAUGGAAAAGUCAAUAAGACCAAAGUUAUUUUUCAUAUGUAUACUGUAUGUAAAUGAAUAACAAGUAUAAAUGGUCAGACUUGGCCCAGGUGCAGGCUGAUUUGUUCAUGUUUAUUGCGAGAGCAGAUUGUAACAGUCAGAAAACAAGUCAAAGUGGUAUUAAGAAAACACUCCCACACAGGGCUCUACUCCAAAUUCACUCAAUACGAAUCCACGACACACAUUUUAAGGGUUAGAUAACACUGUUGCAUAAAAGUUUUGUUUGAGGGCAUGUUGUUAAACUUCAGUCAUAUAUGGAAAGGAUGAUGCCCAUCAUUUUUAAAGAUAGCGAGUAGAAAUUGUGAACGUUUUCUUAACCUGGAAAGGGGUGAAAAUACUGUUAUCCAAUGCAGUUGUUGGACCAGCACUUUGUCAGAAUAUUGUGACAUUAUGUAAAGAGCCAAAUGUCAAAUGGUUGGCGCUGGCAUUUUAAGUGACUUUGCAUGAGCUGUAGAUAGAAAUUGAAACACAAUCAGCUGAUCGUGAUGUUUCGUCCAAGUUUCUGCACCUUUUUCGUGGAUGUUUGUGUUUUACAUCAGCUGUUUCUUUCACUGUAAGCUUCUCUGUUUUCUACGACACUUGGACAUAAGACACAACAGUUGGCCAAAUAAGGCGCCAUGUUUAAAGAUCAUACCCUGGUUGAGUCUUUGUUCAUUGACGAUCGUUGGGUAGAUUUUUAUGUCAUAAUCUCAGCUAAAAAGAGAGCGUCUGUGUUAUUGGUGCAAAAAGGCUGCUGUCAUAAAUGUGACCUAAAGUGAGUCAUUAGUACUUUGGUAAACAAUCAUGGUAGCUAAGUUUAGACCCGGAUUAGUUAUCCGUUGACCUUAACUUUAUCUAGGCCAUUACAUCAUCUCUUCCAGGAAAGCUCCAGCGGUGUGACCUGUUUAGAUUAAGUCAUACAUGGUUACUGCCCAAACUAAAUGGGGAAAGUUAAAUUCUCUCCUGCCUGAGGUAUUUAAGUAGGAGGCAUUAAGCUAAAGACUUCUUAACCCAAUGAGAACAUGUGGGAUUUAACUACUUCUUUGAGAGACCUGAAUAAAAGUGCAGAAAUAAACAGGAUCUAAAAACUUCUGGAAGACAAUGCUGUAUUGAACGAUAAGCAAUACAUCAAAAGACAAACUUAUUAUGAGCUUAGUGUAGUAAACUAGUGUUACACAGGUCUCAUUUAAAAGAAAUGAUCAAUCCUCUAUAAGAAGUGGACAAUCUUUGACUCACAAAGCUUCACAACCAGCAGAGUAGUCAGGGCUUAUAAAGAUUGUGCAAAUCAGCCCAAUAUGAAAAUGGUUCCAAGUUCUCGAUAUCCAGGCUUGGUGCUCAACCUGCUUGAAAUGUUCAGCAUUGCAGGCCCAGCCUCUGAAGUUCCUGAACCUUUGGACAGUACACCUUCUGGACAGGGCCUAAAUUGAGACCCCGAUUCCUAGUACAGAAAAGCUCAGAGUUUGUCAAAAAGCUCCUAGUUCUUGAGGGAAGUUCCUGCUGGGGAAAGGACCUCGGAUUUGUUAAUAGCAUUGAUAGCUGUGAGAUUCAACCUGAUACUUAUUUUGUAAAUGAGGGUACAUUUAUAAGAAGUUGUGAGGAUAUCUGCCACAAAAGACUUUCUUAUUUUACAGAUAUCUGUGACACUGCUGCCUUCUGUUAUGAAUCCAGACGGUUAAAUGAUUUAACCCCAACCCCUCUCAAACAUAAUGUUCUAGCUUCAUCUGGUCCAGUUUUUGGCAUCAUUCCUCAUCCUCUUCUGAAUUCACAUUUGGCAGGAUGAAUCUCUUAUUUGUAUGUUUGAAGCAAUGAUCAGGAAAUUUGAGGUUGACUUGUAGAGGAGUCACAAGUACCCGUACAAUUCAGUACAUAUAAAGAUAAGGCAUACUGUAUCAUAAUAGUAUCAUCAUAUUAUGUCUCAACAGCCAAAGACUUCAUUAGAAAUAUGAUGGAGAAGAACCCCAAGAAACGUUUCCUCACUGAACAGGCGCUCAGACACCCGUGGUGAGUAACCUCUCCUUCACACUCACUGUUAUGUAAUAUUGUCUAUAUGUGUCAAACUAAUCGGUGUUAUUAUUUUGGCUGCAGGAUCGCUGAGAACACCGCUAAGGACAUUGACCUUUAUCAGUCUGUCUGUGAACAGUUGGAGAAAAACUUUGCCAAAUCGAAGUGGAAGGUAGGUGACACUUUCAUAUCACAACUUCCUCAUCUUUGGUUGAUUUUUAACUAUUUUUAUCAAGCUGACAUAACUUUUUAACAUAAACAAAGACCAUGAUCACACUACUCUCUUUGGAGCAGAGAAGGCAGUGUCCAAGAUUUCCAAAAAGAAUGUCCAUGUUUUUCAUUCUGUCUUCUGGGUUGCAGAAUUCUUGGGCAUUUCUGGAUCAUGAUUCAGAUCUUGAUUCACGGUCCAGUUUUAGACUACUUCAUUGGUUGUAGUUAAUUGUCUUCACAGCUUUUUGGAAGUGAUUUUGAGCUCCCUGCAGCAACUGCCACUGUAGAGUCAUGUCUAUUUUAAUGCGAUGCCACAAAAACGCUGUAAGAUCACCGCCAUCAACUCUUGGUUAUUCAUAUUUCUCUCUGGAUCUUUUAUCAAAUACUGCAAAUGUUUGCAGUUUAAGUAGCAUUUGACACCCAUAUAACUCCAAUUACAAUGACUUGGUUCACCAUUCAAACGCAGUAUUUCAUGACGGUAACGGCUUAUCAUAAAAAAGAAAGUGAAAUGUUAUUGUAAUAAAAGACAGAAGUGUAAUGUGGUUUACAGGAAUUGUCAUUACAAUACUCUGUCUUUGUUCUGAAUUUUCCAACAACAGCAAGCGUUCAAUGCAGCCACAGCGAUCCAUCACAUGAAGAAACUGUCUCAGAGCGAUUCCUCGCCCUCCCCCUGCUCCACGCCAGAUGCAAUUGUGCGGUCACCCUCUCAGGAAGACCUUGAGGGGCUGGAAACCUGCUUUGAUGAGGCUGAUGUUCUUGAUCCGAAUGGGAAUCCUUUUGUACAGAGCACUAAGCCUGAUCUCACAGAUGAUGACUCAAGGGAAGUCAGCUCAGGGAGCGACGAUUCGUUGAGGCCAACGAGGUGAGCAGUGGUGUAAUGCUGUAGCUACUGGAAAAAAAUCAUCUUAGAUUGGAAAAAAAUAAUGAAGAUGUCUUAACAAAAUGCAGUUAUUUAUAGUUAUAUAGAUAAAAUAAGUCAAAGUGGUCUAAUUAAUACUGAAAUAAAGCAUUAGUCAUGAAUAAAUGUGGAUUGCAUCAUUAAUCCCUGCUGCUCAUGCUAAACCAAUGAUGUAAUCACUCUGGCAUUAUUUAAUGAGUUCACCCUUAGUAUAUCAUCAAUUAAGGAACCGAAAUGAAUUUCCCUUUGGGGAAAAAUAAAGUCCCUGUAUUGUGUUGUAAUGUACAGCUCCUUCACACAUUAGUUGGUUCAAACAAUGCUGCCCAGGCAUACAAAAUAAUUUUAGGACCGUGACAUUGAUUCAGUGGCAAAGCUACUCUCAAUUAAAUAUAGAGCUUACAUAAUUUGCAAACCACCAAGAAUGUAGAUUUUUUAAAGGAUGUUAUUGGGGAUUUUUUUCCCUUCAUUGGAUAGUACAGAUGAAGAAAGUUAGUAGAGGAAUGGGGAAGACAUGUAGCAAAGGAUCAUGGCCAGGCAUAGAACCAGCAACCAUUGUGAAGAGGACUAUAGCCUUUACACCUAGGAGGCUUAGACUCUUCGAUGGCACCCCCAAAAAUCUGUUUUUAUCAACACAGUACUCAGCUUUGCGAUGUGUUUGGAAGUGGGAUUGAACUUCAAGAAACACUUACUGCAUAGGUGUAGACCAUAGACUGUAUAUAUAAUGGAUGCCGUCUGCUUCCUCACUGGGUGAAACCACCCCGAGAACAGCACCCUCUGGUGACAGGCUGCAGUAUAGGUCAUAAAUCCCGCCUCCUCUAGCAAUCCCUAUGGAGCUGUGGACAAACUUUAGAAAUUUAUACAAAGAAUAUAAAUUUUUCUCCCCUCCUGCUUGCGAUGUUGACAUGUAGUUACUGUAAGACUGGUUUGUGCUCAAGUCCUUUUUUUUUCUGUACAGCUCCAUUUUUAAAAGUUAUUAGGGGGUUCAUGUUUUCCAUGAUUGACACUUGAUACAGCCUACGGGCUUGCGCAGCUCACCUAUUUGAGCCAAGCGUCAUCACAGCGACUCUCCCACCGAAUGCGUACAAUGCUUCUACGCAAGUGGUGGAGUGCGGACAAUGCUACUGCGCAAUGUUGGUUUCAGGAAGUGGAGAAAAAAAUCCCGAAAUACUGAGAGCUUUUUUGGUUCAAAUUCGUAUACUGGCGGAAGGCGGAACCAAUUUGUCCACAGAAUAUACAGUCUAUGGUGUAGACGUUAGCGUGAGUGUGAAGCAGCAACAACACAUUCCUUUAAGACUUAAGUUGUGUCAACUGCAUCCUCUGUAUGAUUCUUGUCCUUCCAAACAUAGAUUAAAUAUACAAGAAAUGCAGUUUGCCAUGUAUAAUCUGCUCUUUUUCACCAUGUGACAUCCGUCAUCAUUGACUGAUUGAGAUGUUUCCUUGUUUUGUGUUGUGUUGCAGCAUGAAUGCUGUGGCUGAGAGGAAGGGCCAACAUAUCCAGUCUGGAGUGUGUUCUGUCAUGUGAUUGGCUGGCUGACCUGAGUUGAACCCAUGCAGGUAAACAGAUGUCUCCAUCUUAGUCUGGGGAGAGGUGUUGAUUGCUCUAACAGGAUUUAAAAAGUCCUAUUGUUUGUUUUUUGACUCCCUCUCCUCUAUUUUCAGUUAAUCUCCUGGAUGUGUGACACUCAUCCGUCUUGGUAUGAAGACGUCAGCACAUCUUUCAGCUCAGCGUUUUGACAUCUAUUGUGGUUCUCGGUCUUAACAAACACCAUGGAUGGACAUAAACAGUAUCUCUGCUGUAAUAAAUGUCUAUCUCACUGCAGUUAGAACCACAUAGACUCAGGAAAAGAAGGAAUUCAGUCUAAAAUGCAGUUCAAAAGAUGUUUGUCUUUUCAUAAUACCGUUAAUUAAUUUAUAUUAUGUUGAGAGUUUAAAAAAAUACCCCAUUACAUUGUGUAUAUAAACAUGUAUUUAUUUUCCAUAGAUGUAGCUGACAUUGUGAAUACACUGUGAAAGCUAUUUGAGUUUUUUUAAGGUAUUCUGAGAUUAACCUGGCUGUACAUGAUCAUAUGAAUGCUCUGUAUUUCUUCGUCAAGUUACGGUCUUUGUAUAAACUGUUGGACACUGUGAUACUUUACUCGUUACUCAGAGGUGGAGUCACGGACUCGCAGUGACUACAGGUCUGCUGUGUCUUCUGUGACAUGCUCAUAAGCUGCUGUCUUGUUAAAAAACUGAACUCAUUAAGUGCCACAAACUGAUGUGAAGAUGUUGUAAAUACUGGUGAUGUCAUGCAUUAUAUUAAAUUCACAAACAUAGUGAGAGACAUGAUUUUUUUUUUUCUUUUUUGUAUGGAUUUAUUGUUUUCUGAAGUAGUCCUCCAGUUGGGUUUUGUUGGGUUGUGUGAUUGCAACAACUCUGGACUCUUAUACUCUCAUAAAUCAUUACACAGGAAUCAAAGUAUUAAGAAACUUUUAUUUAAAUACUGUGGAUUCUGCACAAACGACAGACAAAUAAAUAAUGUAACAUUCACCCUUUCAGCAUUUCUGACAAAUAAAACAAUCUGGUGCAACAUUCA